AUGGCAAAGAGACCUGAAAAACGAGACUUGCCCCUUUACAUCAUUACAGGCACCACCAAAGUUGUCAGAGUUGGGGACUGUGUGUUGAUGAGGCCAUCAGAAAACGAUAAGGCUCCAUAUGUAGCACUCGUCGAGAAAAUUGAAGCUGGUAGCAACAACCACACUUAUGUGCAUGUUACAUGGUAUUACCGGCCAGAGGAGUCAAUGGGAGGGCGGAGACAGUUUCAUGGAUCAAAGGAGUUAUUCUUGUCAGACCACCAUGAUGUUCAAAGUGCCCACACUAUAGAAGGGAAGUGCACUGUUCAUACAUUCAAGAACUAUACUAAGCUUGAGAAUGUUGGUCCAGAUGAUUACUACUGUCGGUUUGAGUAUAAAGCGGCAACUGGAGCUUUUAUGCCAGAUCGUGUUGCAGUGUAUUGCAAAUGUGAGAUGCCAUAUAACCCAGAUGAUUUAAUGGUACAAUGCGAGCAGUGCAAGGACUGGUAUCAUCCGGCCUGUGUGGGUUUGACUAGUGAACAAACUAAACAACUAGCUGACUUUGUUUGUUCCGAUUGCUCAUCCUCUGUGAAGAAGUCUGUUAAUACUCCAGUCCCUCUGUCCAGUGGCAAGGUUGUGCCAAAGCGCCAGAAGAGGUAGGCGGAGCUGUGGUAAAGAUGGAUGAAGCUAGUUUUCAUCAUGUUUGGGAUGCUCAUCAGGAUUUUGUACAGUGCACUGAACUGGAACUAAUGCCAGUUCUUUGCAUAUAUUAUCUGAUGUCUGUUGUGUCCUGCUUUUGUCAGUAGUUCUUGUAUGUACUAGUAUUAGCAGAUGUUGACAGUCUGUUGGAGUUUGAAACUGAACUAGCAAAACAGUCUUUUGGAUUUUGAAUGGCAAAAUUAGUGUAAAU